AUGUCCAGUGAAGAACCACCAAUAAAAAAACAAAAGCUUGAACUGAGCGAUCCUGACGAGCCUUUAACUCAGCAUGAUGUAAUAUCAUUUCAAAAAGAGGCUCUAUUUAGAUGUCUGAAUAGUAAACGCGUUGAACUUGAAGCAUUAACAAAGCAGUACAGCACUGUUCAUGAUAAAUGGGAGCAAAAUGUCCAUACACUUGCUACACUAAUGUCUGUGCUUUCCACUGCAGCAUCACAUCUUCGAGGGCUAUGCAAUGAAGAGUCAGAGAAAACAUUAUGCGAUGAAAUGAUAAACGCGGGUGAAUCUGUCGAUAAAGAGCGCACAGAUGAGUUUCUAAAUCUUUUAAGGAAAUACACCAAUAGCAAUGGUAGCUCAGAUUCUAAAAUUGACUCACUGGGGCUUGAGCUUCAAAGAGCGAAUAAGACUAAAUCGGAACUACGCUUACAAAAUAAGAAGCUGACAGAUGAAAUCGACUCACUCAAGGCCUACUAUCAUGGACUAGUACGGAGUUAUGAUAGAGAAGAUUCAAUGACUGUUAAACGAGUCUUUAACAAGCAAAAGACUGACGAUAAUACAGAUAAUAUUUCAAAUACUGAACAAAGACCUACAAGCGUGUCACCUGUCCUAACUAAUGGAGCCACGCAUGUUAAAAAUGAAGUCAAAACAGAACAAGAAGCACUCAAUAACCAUACUGAUAGCUCUCAAUCGUCUGGUAUAACUGAGGAAGAGAAAAAGAAGUUGUUUUUACAAUAUGAAAAUAAAAUAACAGAUCUGGAAUCACAUAACUCUUCUCUCAACAGAAUUAUAGAAGAACUGGAAAAUUAUAAGCAGUUAAACGAAAAAGAACUUGCACAGACCCGAUUGGAAAUAUCUAAUUUAUUAUCUGAAAAGCAUUCGAACGAAGAAGAAAGAGAAGAUCUGUUACAUCAAAUAGAGAAAUUAAAAGCAAGCAAUACAGACCUAACUCUUACCAAUGAGAGUUUCUUAUCAAAGUUUCAAGAGUUAGCCAAAGAGAAGGAUACUUUCCAAGAGAAGAUUUCUAGUGAUUUCGAGAAAACCCUUGAAAGUUUGAAGGCUCAAAACCUGGCUUUAGAAAAGGACCUUGUAAGAGUUAGAACAACCAGAGACGAGCUCAUUAGUAAAGUUGCAAUUCUUGAAGCAGAAACUUCCAAAUCAGUUUUAAUAUCAGACUUGAAGCAGGCACUAGAUAUUUUAAGAGACCAAUGGGAAAAAAUUGAAUUUAGAAACAAUCAGUCACCAAGUUCCGAUGCUCUAUUGAAGGAGAUUCAAGACCUUGAAAGUGCAUUCAAAGAGCUGUCUAGCUUAACUCACAAAAAAUACAGCGAGUACCUAAAUCAUGAGAGCGUGAUAUCGAAGUUAACAAUAGAAAAAACAAAGGCAGAUCAAAAAUAUUUUGCCUCUAUGCGGUCUAAGGAUUCCAUUCUUGUUGAAAACAAAAAUUUAUCAAAAAGUUUGAAUAAAGCUAAUGAAUUAAUUCUUCAAUUGAAGGACACAGAUAAAUUAUACAAGCAGAAAAUUGAAAGUCUUCAUAAACAGUUGGCACUAUCACAAAAUAACGAAAAGAGACUGGUAGACUCUAACAAAGCAGCUAAUUUAAAAGUCAUGAAUCUAAAUUCCGAAAUUCAAAAGCAAAAGAAACUACUAGACUUCACUUCGUCUCAAAAAAAUGAACUAAUAAACGAACUUACCGAAGCAAAUGGUAUGUUGAAGUCAAAAGAACUGGAGAUUGAAUUCAAAGAAAAUGAACUUCAAACCGCAUUAAAAAAGAAUGAGAAACUGGAGGAAUUUUUGUCAAAGGAAAACUACAAUAUGAACAAGCCAUCCUCUUUAGCAACCACAAAUCUUGAUGAAGACAGCAUGGCCGAAGAACUUGAAAAUUUUAGAACGCUGGUAUAUUGCUCUUUGUGCUCAAAGAACUGGAAAAAUAUGGCAAUCAGAACUUGUGGGCAUGUAUUUUGUGAAGAUUGCUGCAAAGAAAGGCUGGCAGCAAGAAUGAGAAAAUGUCCUACUUGUAACAAACCAUUUAGUUCUAAUGACUUGCUGAUGGUACAUCUGUGA